GGUGAGUAGGCGUGAGAGUUUUUGCAAACCGUACACGCGGUCUUUCCUUCUGUGCGGAAGUAAGAUGGAGAGCACAGCCCCGCCAUCCGUAUCUGGAUCAUCAAGGGCAGCUCUUUGAUUUUGGAACCAGUCCAAAACAGCCUGAUGGAUGGCCUCUUGUUCUUGCUUUGGAGGCGGUCGCGGUCCAUUCGUGGAAAUAUCCUCAAUGUCUUGCAAUAGGCUACAGACAGCAUUGAACGUGAGGCUCAUAGUCGGUCCUAAUUGACAAUCCUGCCGACAGCUGAUAUUGGGUCCUGAGUCUAGAUUUUUGGAAUCCUUAAAUGGAUUCGACUGUCGAUGCCCCGGCCUGGUGUCAAGUGGGCGGAUGUGACUGCGUCAAGAAACGCCGAGCCGGAAUGCCAUGGGUGCUGCACUAAGACUAUGUCGAUCCACCUUAUCUUUCAAGAUCUAGGCACUGAAGCCGAAAAGGUUCAUGGCCGUUCAGCGUAUACUCUCAUCAGUAUCCUCACCAUAGUCAAGCAAGUAUCACCAGGGGCGACGCCAACCGUGCCAGGAUGGCCCUUGACCUAAACGUGGACGCAUACACUGGGGUCAAGAAAUGUGAUAAGCAGGGUAAAUAGAUAUAUCGGCAGGCAGGUUUC